CUUCUAUGCGAUCCUACAGAAUUGAGUGGGAGGAGGCCACACCUCCUGGGGACUCAGCGAUAUCGUCUGUUCCUGUCGAGGCGGGUUAUUUGCCUCCUAUCAAAAGUGUAGCGCAGCCACAGGGGGCACAACAGAGAUAUGAAGAUCAAGGAACAGUUCGUGAUAACAACGUAAACACUUCAACGGCGGACGGGCAUUACACAAGUACGACCACAACGCGAGUCACAAGAACAAUUAGAAACAGCGGGGAUGGCAACGCUGUGCCUGUGUCGUCGUCCACAUUUCCGGUGGCCUCCACAUUAAGUGCCUCAACAAGUGCAGGACCGCCUGUUGUCAUUCGACGAAUAGUAGGUGCAGCAGCGGCAACGAGUGGGAAUGAUGGAAGCGGGGCGGCAGGCGCUGUGGUCCCUCCCAUCACAGCGCCGUUGCAUGCUCCUCAAGCGCAAGAAGCCGGAGGAACAACUAGCACUUCCCAAAACACCGGUUCUAUUAGCGUAGCUGCAAGAGAUAUAUAUCCGUCGGGGUCGGCUUCGGCAUCCGGGGCACCACGCCACCAGUCGACUGCUGCUGCAGCGGCAGCCGCGUCGCCACGCGUCGUUAGGCGAACAAUUCGUGCUACGACACCAACGCCCUCUGGCCCACUUCUGAAUCCGCUAGUAAUUUCGCCCUCUUUACUUCCUCGGACUACAACGAGAGACGGUGCGGAUCGUGGUCAAUCUUCUGGUACAGUUGUGAGUCCGCUGAUGCAUUCAACUUCGGCUGGCGUGCGCGCUGUCUCCCAAACGACUAUGCAAACGCCGGGAGUAAUCCCAUUUGGAUCGAAAUUGACACAAACCAGCAGCACACCUCCAGCGGUGUACACAAUAAAUACUGUAGCACAAGGACGAGGAAAGAUUCGCGAAGAAAUAUCGACGACGACUGAGGUUCUCCCCCCGAAAACGUCGCCAAGAGAGUUCUCUGCGUCGUCUACCAGUUCACCGGCGGAGACAAGGAAACAAGCAGUAGCAUCGUCAGCGCCAGCGGUGUCAAUAACCACGUCCGCCAACCACACAGGAGCUGUAACUGUUGGUAACCGUCGUGAAGGUAGUUCUACUCCCAGAACUGGCUUGAUUAAAUCCCGGUCGUUAGGCCCACCGCCACAGAUUGGAAUUGAUAUUGACGGUCCGUUGUUCAGAGCAGCAGAGCCGGGGAUCAUCGCAUCUUCGGCAAUCGAUAGCGACACGUUAGCGGACGCGAUGGGUUUCGAGAGUUACAUACGAUCUCUGGCUCGCAAUACGCAAAAGCUUUUUGGUGGAGGUGGCAAUGCUGUGGAUCAUUCCUCGACUGAUGAAGGAACUACAACUACAACUAGUCAACAACGAUCAGUUGAUAGUACUGCGACGAUGAAAAUGCUAAACAGUCCGAGAAGUAAUCUGCCGCCCGGAACUACUUCAGGGAGCAACAUUGUGGAGAACCUGGCUGCAGCAGCGGGGGUGACCAUGCUUCCUUUCUCUGUAGACGGCGCAUCAGCGAUAAGCAAGCGAAAUCCGACACCGAAUUCCGUAGGAAGCUUUCACCUGCAUACUGGUGCCAGCCGCGCUGAUGGAGGACUUGCAGUGCAGUCAGCUGUGGCGCUGGCUCUGAUGCAGAAUCCGUUUUUGCAGGAGACAUCUUAUCUCACCAAACCCAUAAGUGCGCCUAAAGGAGCUGCUCCGGGACUCUCGAAACCCGAAAUGGUAAUUAUUUUCUUUUCUUUCUCAAGAUCGAUGAUACGAAUUUAUUUUUGACUACAACACUGUCUUCCUUGUUCAUCACAAAUCACCUUAUUGUAAUUAUUAUUAUAAUUAGAACACUUCGUAAGAAGGAUGCUGGAUGGCAUGGCAUGGCAUGCAUUUUUGCAUGAGCUGAGCGGGUCAGAGUGCGACCGUCUUAAGGGAGCGAUACGGGGGCGAAGACUCAGGGCGCGACAUAGGGGGGCCACCGCGUUGCUGUCUGUUUUGCUUCUUGCGUUUGUCUUUGCACAGCCCGCCUUUCUCAUCUUCAGCAGCCCCCUUCUCAGUGCGGCUGGAGCAUGCGGAGCGCCUGGAGCCUGUCCGCGCUUCGUUUCAGUUUGGUGAGAGGUCGGAUUCUUCAGGCUUAACCUAAGACGUAGCUCGAGCGUAUUAUGGCGUAGCCUAUGCAUAGUAUAGAUAAAGAAUAUAUUUAAUUAUAUCUACUAUAGUCUUAGUCAUGACGAGUAAGCUGAUGCGUAGUUAGUUGAUGGCUCUAUUAUGGGGGACACGGCUUGCGCCUUGGAUUGUUUGGGGAGUAUUUAGCUCGUAGAUGAUCGCUUUGUAUAGUAUAGUAGCAAGGCCGGGCCCGGGUGAGUUUAGGAGUAAGUACUUGAGUAGGAAGAUGACUCCGUUGUAGGAGUACUGGAAUAGUGCUGGCGCGUACUAGUUAUUGUAAGUAAGUAGCUCGACUAGGCUAGCUUGCCUGGGAUCUCGACUGUCUUGCUCACUGUUCUCUUGCGCACACAGGCCACGGCGUUUGCGCUGCUCCUUGCUUGUGUCUGGGGCGGGGUCACAGUGGGGCUGUGUGUUGUGUUCGUGUUCGUGUAUUGUAAAGUAAUUACUCGGCUGAGCAGCCUGGUAUUGCGGAGGAAGGACGGCACCCGAAGGGCGCCGCGAAAAGUUUAUUGCUUUUGGGGUGGUCCAUCCAUGCCAUGUAUGCCAUCCUUGCAAUGCAAUCCGGAAGUUCAGAAAUUGCUUGAUAUUCUCUUAUAUAGACACUUACUCUGUUGGCCUACGCCUUUCUCCGCUUCCAAAAUUGGCCUCUUCCAUGAUAUGCAUAUUGCAUAAACAUCAACAAGAACCAUGAACUUACCACAGCUUCAAGUUGGAUGCCGACCCAAGAUUGCAGGUGUGGGAGCUGAUUUUAGUUCUGCUCCGACACCGCGCUUCGAACUAUUCGAGUCACCGGAGACUGCGCGUCGGAAGGCGCUCGAAGCGCACAAGCCAGUCGAGCCCGUGCGAGUUGAGAGCUUCUUUGCUCUGAGCGGAGAUAGAGAGGGCCGCGUGCCACUGUUCAGCGGAGAAUCUUCUUCCAGUCUCUUACCUGUGUCCGCUGGUGGUCAUGCUGACGCGUUGGCAUACCACCACGAAUAUCAGCAGCACAUACCUCCUGAAACGAGUAUUGUUUCUGCACGUGGGGGUCUGCUUGAUGUGAAGUCCCGCGCUUUGCCUGCGCAACAACCAUUGUUGAUAUCACCGCGUAUGCUGCAGGAUUCGCACUACAAUAUGAUCACAGCAAGCGCGCCCCGUCUACCUCUAGCUAGUAGCCCGCGCCAGCAACACGUCGCAGAGAGUCUGCGCGGAGCGCUGCGGAGCUUCGGUUUUCGCAUUUCAGAAGAUGGUCAAUGCAUGCAAAUCGUGUUGCCAGAAUGCGCACACCCACCUUCGGUUCGCGGAAGCGCAGGAAUCUUAGUGUCACCGGCCCAGGUCGCAUCGUGUGCAGGCCUUCUUGUCUUCAGUGGUCGUGCCAGAAUGCUCGCAGUCGACGCCGGUGUAUCUGUGUUGCCUAUUGAUUCGCUGCCAGCAUCGCCGUGGAUAGCCACGAGAGGGGGAGACCACUUUGGAGACUACUGGGCGGAUAGCUACUACGAGGAUCAGCAGAACGGCAUCUCCGGGCAAGCUGAUAGUGAAAGCCAGCGUGCGUCUAUGAUCUUCCCCUACGAGGCAAACCCAAUCCUCUCGAGUAUCGCGUCUGCUAUGGGCUUUUCUUCGACCGGAAAGACUCCUUCGGAGCAAGAGAGAGAAGCUGCGGAGCAGGCGCUUCUUUCUCCGUCAGCUGCGGGAACAAGCGGUAGACUCUUGUUUGCAACCACGCAAGAGCUGGAUGCGUUGAGAGAACAGCUUGAUGUAGAAUCGCUGCGUGUUUACUUUGCGGGCCCAGAUAUGAAGCAGGGCAGCCAGAGCAGCAAGCGUCUGCCUUCGCCGGCAGAUGUCGAAGGUUUGGACAUCACAACGUCAGAGAAGAUCCGGAGUGUCUCACUUUUAUGUGCAGAUGAGGGGCGACGGCUCAGCGCACUGAGCCUUAGCACCACCACAACUAACUGCGUUGUCGUGCGUCUGUCAGCGCUCGUUGCGUGCACCACUCCAGUCCUCUUCCGGCCCCUUGACACGGCAGACUCCUUCGCGGGACAUCGAAUCUUUGCAGGUGGCUUUUUGGCAAAUUCUCCAAGAGUGGGAACUCCGUUUGGCGGUCCCCGCUCUUUCCAGCAGACAUGGAGCGUGAACAACACCAACAAGGUUGCUUUGCUGAAACGUGAAUUCGUUAUGUGUGGGGGUCGCAGAAACAACGUGCAGCAGUUGUUCCAUUCGUCCACGACCACGCAGCCGCAGUGGAUGCUGACGACGACGCUCUACCUUCGCGGUCGCAUCCAACAGAAAUACCUGAAAGAUAGCUACAUUCAAGUGGCGCCACAGUUUCUGGUCGCGUUUGAGGUGCCGGGUAUCCGAGUGUUCGAGCUAGCUGAGGAUGCGUCAAUUGGAGGCAAGACCCCAAAAUCAACGCAGGAAAAUGAGAAGAAUGAGCUUCCAUUUGUGAUCUUGUCAGGUACCGGAAGUUUCUGGAUACUGGAUGAGUCGGGCCAGCACGAACCUGGAGCGGCAAACCCAGGAGCUUCGCCGAGACAUUUUCCGCUAUCGACGAGCACGAGUGCGAACGACGAAGCCAGCCGACUUCCUCGUUGUAGUUCGGACGAGAAUUCACGUGCUGGUAUAGAAAUUCUCCGGAAUAAUCUCUAUAAUGCAUAUGCCGCUGCUGCUUCGUCUUCGGCGAGAAGACGCAGUCGAAGUGGUCACAAGGAG